CCAUUAAACGAAGAAGAAGAAGAACAACAAGACGACGUUUUAACUGUUGGAUUGGGUGUUCUCCGUGUUCUUUUGGGAUAUUUGGAAGUUUUUUUCUGGUACUUGAUAUAUAAUCAAGUAAAUUCAUUGGUGUAUAGUGCCGUUUCUGUUGGUUUUUAGUAGAUUUUCUGUUAGCAGUUGUUGAGGGUCGUUAGGGUGCGGCUCCUAGACUGCAAACACUUGCAGACACAACCGAUUAGAUUUGUUUAUGACCUCAACUUAACGUAUUCAGUUGUUAUUGGAAUCAAUAGCAGUAUGAGGAACUCUGUUCAAGGCAUUAUUUUAUUACUCGUGUACGGUGUGUUUGGUGAUGAAGUGAAGUCAGUGUCAGUGUAUGAGGGUGAACCUGUUACUCUACACACUGAUACUAAAAUGCUGAAAAAGGAUAAGAUACUGUGGAGAUUUGAAGAAAAGGGGUCUUCCAUUCUUCUAGUUGAAAUGAUUAAUUAUAAGAUCACAUAUGAUGAAUCCACUGAUGAGAGAUUCAGAGACAGACUGCAGAUAUCAGACAGUCAGACUGGAGAUCUCACCAUCAAGAACAUGAGGGUCAAAUACUCUGGACUUUAUGAGGCAGAGAUCCAAACUGGCACUGGAACAUCAUACAAGAGAUUCAGUGUUACUGUCAAAGAAUCUCCUCGUGUUACUGAUGCUGGAGCAAGUGAUGUGAAGUCAGUGUCAGUGAAGGAGGGUGAAUCUGUUACUCUACACACUGAUGUACAAACACAGAGAGGUGAUCUGAUACAGUGGAGGUUUGGAGAUAAAAAUGUUCUCAUAGCUAAAGGAGAUAUGGAGGACAAUAAGUUCUUAGUAUAUGAUGAUGAUGAUGGAAAAUUCAGUGGCAGACUGAAGCUGGAUGAAUCUGGAAAUCUCACCAUCACAAACAUCAUAAACACAAACGCUGGAGUUUAUAAACUGAAGAUCAGCAGCAAAGAGACAAAGUACAAGACAUUCAGUGUUUCUGUCAGUGGUGGAGGUGGUUGGUCUUCAGGUGAUGUAGCAGGAUUAUGUGUUGGCCUCCUGGUUAUUGCUGCUAGUGCUUUCGCUGUGUUUUUGUAUCUCCACAAGAAACAACCAGGGUCUUAA